ACGGCACCAUGGUAUUCUCAAUUUCACCUCAACCUCACACAGCACCACUACUCUGAUAAUUUCGCCUACACCUUGACUUCCUCUGCUUCCUGCACAGAACAGCACAAGCGUCGACAGAGCUUAGCUUUCCAUCCAUGACCAAGGUGCACCCAAACGCCGCGGCGGUAGCUGCUUCUCUGGCAGUAGCGGAGGAGAAAAGGGAGGCGACGGCGGUUGCUUCUCUGGCAGCAGCGGGGGAGAAGAGGGAGCCGGUGGCGCUGACCGUGUGGCGGCGGUCGUUGCUGUUCAACGGGAAGGGGUUCACGGUGUUCGACAGCAAAGGCGACCUCGUCUUCCGCGUCGAGACGUACGCCGGCGGCUCCCCCCGCGAGGUCGUCCUCAUGGACGCCGACGGCCGCGCCCUUCUCACCAUCUGCCGCAAGAAGCUGAGUCUAGCGGACGAGUGGUCGAUCAUGGACGGCGACGCGGCGUCGGCCGCGCCGAAGCGGUUCACGGCGCGGCGGAAUAUGAGCCUGCUCCCGACCAAGUCGCUCGCUCGCCUGUCGUCGGUGCGAGGAGCGUCCGACCGCGGGGACGCCCCCCGGUACCACGUGGAGGGCUCCUACGUCGGCCGCAGCCUCGACAUGUUCGCCUCGGCUUCCGGCGGCGGCGGCGAGCAGGGGCGGCGCGUGGCCACGGUGUGCAGGAAGGAGGCCGCCGUCGGCCCGGACGUGUUCCGGCUGGUGGUGGAGCCGGGCUUCGAGCCGGCGCUCGCCAUGGCCGUCGUCAUACUACUCGAUCAGAUGUACGCAUCUUAAAGCAGCCUUGACUUGCCGUGGAACAACCAAGUUUCCACGAUUCAUGAGCAGGGAACCAUUCUGAAUCUCAAUCAACAGAAACGAAAGAGAAGGCCGUAGGAAGCAUAUUCUCCUCUGGUUUGCUUCAGAGCUGGCACCCCCAAUUUUUUUGCUUCACGGUUGAUGCCUCAUCGCUCAUGAGCAUCUACGACCGACUGAAGCAUUUGUCUUCGGGGUGCCAUGUUGCUAUGUUUUGGUUACAUCCAGGAUGUAUUCUCGUUGUUUUUGUUGGUCAAAAUAAAUCUUCGACAUAGGACCAAGAUUCAAGAGGUAGGUAGGCGUGGGUGUAUAUGAACUUGUAAAUCCAAUCGUUUUUGUUUCCUUCCAUCAAAGGAAAUUGUGAUUGUUGUAUCAUAUAACUCUGUAGUUGGCAUCAUGCUGUACACAGCUUUUUUUUGUCCUUAAUUUGUUGUGUUCCCUAA